AUGUUGCUUUGUAAAUGUAUAUGCUCCCCAGGAACCGGUGAGGAAGAAGAUACUAUGGAACAAUCUACAAAGUCUCGUGAUUCAGACCGUGAGGAUGACUAUGCCGUUCAAUCGGAGGAGGACCUGAAUUCGCCGAUAUCGUCCCCGGCAUAUUCUCACCGGAGUCUGGACGGGGAAUGUGAAAAGUUGCAAUCAUGUGAGACGAUCCCAGUUCCCGAGGAGCAGUAUAAGAUCGAGAAUCUUAACGGUCGCCAGAAGGGUGUCGAUUCGUCGCGUGUAAGUCAAAAUGGAAGUCCGUCCCCUUGCUCCAACAUGAGAUUGGACUCGGAUUGGGUUAUCUCCGCCAGUGGUCAUUGCAGGCCCACCAAGCUAUUGGACCUUAAUAAUGAGCCCUGCAAUUCUAAUUCCAUCUUGGCCCAAAAUCUUAAAUCCUCUCCUAUAGAGUUAUCCCCAACCUCAUCGUCAACGCCAAUCAACCCGGUUGGAAGUCACUCCCAGGAUAAUCUCCAAGAACCACUGAUGCCCCAUAAUAAUACAGGUAUUCCAUCCCAUCCGAUUCAAGAGAAAUCUGACUCUACAUCUAUGGAGGUGCUAAAGACGAUUGAAGUGGGGGAGAGAGUAGGUUUCAGAGUUAAAGACUGUGCAGACCAUCUCAAACCCCUGAUCAAAAAACGUGGAGUGGUGAUCCUGGAUCAAUGA